AUGAAGUUUUCCACCAUUGCUUGGACUUUGGCCGCGGCCGGCUCGUUGGUGGCCGCUCAGCCCCACAGACACCACCAGCACCACCAUGCCGAGAAGCGCGACAUUGGUGCCACCACCGUCAUCUAUGUCGACCAGGCGGGCCAGACCAUUUCUCCCCAGGAUUUGAAGGAUGGAAAGUACAUUGAGGUGAAUGCCGAUGCUCCCUCUACCACCGCCUCGCCCACUCCGACCCCGUCCUCUUCAAGCAGCGUGGCCCCUAGCUCUAGCUCCAGCUCCAGCUCCAGCUCCGCAAGCUCAAGUUCCAGCGUUGCUGCCGCCCAAUUCUUCGUCGCAUCUAGCUCGUCUGCUGCUCCUUCUAGCAGCCAGGCUCCCAGCUCCUCGGCCUCCGCGACCUCCAGUAGUGCUGCGCCCAGCUCUUCGGCUGCUUCCUCCACUUCUUCUGCCGCGGCUGCCGCCACGUCUUCCUCGUCUUCUAGCUCCGGUGUUGACCAGGAUUUCCCCGACGGCGAGCUUGACUGCUCUCACUUCCCUUCGGACUAUGGUGCGGUCAACGUCUGGUGGAUGGGUCUCGGCGGCUGGACCGGUGUGCAGGAACCUACCUACAAUGCCGACAAGUCCGCUGUUACCAACAUUGAUACUGCCGUCUCGGGCUCUGGCUGCACCGAAGGCUCCUAUUGCUCUUAUGCCUGCCCUGCUGGCUACCAGAAGUCGCAGUGGCCGACUUCUCAGGGUUCUACCGGCCAGUCCGUUGGCGGUCUCCUCUGCUCUAACGGCAAGCUGAGACUCACCAACUCCGACUUGUCCAAGCAGAUUUGCAUUCCUGGUACUGGAAACGUCAAGGUCCAGAACAAGCUCAACACCAACGUCGCUGUUUGCCGUACCGACUAUCCUGGUACUGAGGGAGAGACCGUCCCCAUGAACACUCUGGCUGGCCAGGAAUACGAGCUUACCUGCCCCAACGGCAACACCUACUUCAAGUGGAACGGAGCUGCUACCUCUGCUCAGUACUAUGUCAACCCCAAGGGUGUUUCGGAGGACAAGGCCUGCACCUGGGGCAGCUCUGACGAGGACUAUGGCAACUGGGCUCCUAUCAACCUUGGCGUUGGCCAGAAGGAUGGCGCGACCUGGAUCUCCAUUAUGCAAAACUCCCCCACCACCAACGCGAAGCUCGACUUCGACAUCGAGAUCCAGGGAGACAACCUCGGUGGCUCGUGCAAGUACUCCAACGGCCAGUUCUACAGCGCCACUGGCUCGAACGACUCUGGAUGCACCGUCCAAGUCAUGUCGGGCAAUGCCUACUAUGUCUUUUCAUAG